CUAUCUUUGACAUCGCUUGACACGUACGCUUGACAGACGAGAGAUAAGCCGUUCAUUUGCAGAACUUACGAAGUAGAGGGCUUGCCCACGAGGAAGGAUAAAGGAUGAUUCCUUACUUUGGUUUAUUGUUGCUGCUCAAAUCACUGGCUGCUGAAGGUUGUACUGCCAAUCAGAGCUCGACUGUCACUUUAUUGGCCACAGAAGACAGCCGCUCACUUGAAAAUGGUACUUUUUUGCUUCCGUUUAAUUCUACUUGCCAAUGGAACAUCACGGCACCAGUUGGUAAGGUGCUCAGCAUUGACGCGGGAAUCUUCUUAUUUCAUAAGCCAUGUGGCGAUAUGUACCUAAAGAUACACGACGGGCCGAGCGAGUCAAGUAGCAUAAUAUCAGAAUACUGCCUGAAUAUUACCUUUAGCACUAAAAAGUUCUCGUCGAGUGGCCGAAGUGUGUGGAUCGAGGCGAAAAAGGGACCUCUUGACUCUUACGGCGGAUUUCUUAUCUCUUACCAGGCCAUACCAUUUGAAGAGUGUCCAUUCAACAGCACAUUGAAUGCUCCUCUGUCGCCUGUGGCACAUAACAUUUCUAGCCCCUAUUGGCCUCUUGGUCAUCGCUUACACGCGACAUGUGGAUGGUACAUCACGGCGCCUGAGAACUACACCGUGGUGCUGCAUCUCAAAUAUAAGCUAUCCAUGGACAGCGUAAAGGUUUAUGACGUGGAGAGCUCCGUGAUCAGCCUCCUCGCCCAUUUUACUGGACGUGUGCCAGGACAUUUGUACCAAGCCACUAUAUAUUCCAAUUUCCGCCGUUUGUACAUCUUGUUCGAAAGUAAGAUUGACACAGAUGAAGGAUUUUAUGCAUCGUACUCUGCCGUCACUCCAAUAUGUACAUUCAACUCCACAUUGAAUGCUCCUCUGUCGCCUGUGGAACAUAACUUCUCCAGUCCCUCCUUGCCUUUUGGCUAUCGCUUAAACACAACUUGUGGAUGGUACAUCACGGCGCCUGAAAACCACACCGUGGUACUGCGUCUCACGUACAAACUCUACUUGGACAGUGUAGAGAUUUAUGAUGUAGAGGGCUCUGUGAUCAGCCUCAUCGCCCGUUUCACUGCACGUCUACCCUUACGUUCUGAAUCAACUACUAUAUAUUCCAAGUUUCGCCGUUUGUACAUCGUGUUCGAAAGUAAAGUUAAAACGACUGACGUAGAGGAAGAAUUUUAUGCAUCGUAUUCUGCCAUCUCUCUAGCUCACGCCUGUUCAUCGAUGAACUCCUUGGAUGAAAAUAGGAAUAUUGUAUUGAAGAGUCCUUCGGGUGUCGUAACAACCCCUGGGUAUCCAUCCAGCUACCCGCAGGAAUUGAUGAAACAGUGUUUCUGGAAAAUACUAGCGCCUGUUGGAAAUAUUGUACGAGUGGAUUUCCUAUCCUUCCGGCUUCCGUCUUCUAGAACAUGUUUGACUAUUUUCUUUGCAAUAAAUAAAAGAAAUCCAACGCAAACGCUUCUCUGUGGACUGAAAGCAUCGUUUCUACUUUACUCAAUGACAAACGAGAUUGGUAUUGAAGGUCCGCAGUCGUAUGGUUUUAACCCCGGACGUGGUGGAUUCAAUGCGAACUACACGACCAUACCAGCAGCUUCAUCAGGGGUUUGCAUCCCAAGCAACAACAGCACUGUACACAUGGCGGCAGAGGGAAUGACGUUUGCAACUCCUGGCUUCCCUCGCUAUCCUGGAAAAGGCCGAUGUAACUGGAAUAUAUCCGUACCCGAAGGGAAUUUAAUAAAACUGACGUUUCUGUCGUUAUCAACGCGUUGUAAUAAGAGUUAUGUGGAGAUUUUUGAUACGACAAAUUCCACAAGGAUCCCCCUCGGAAAAUUCUGCGAUGUAACUUCUGGUGACUUUGAAGUGUAUUCGCGAGGAAGCAGUUUACUUGUUACGCAUGUAAAUCUCCUGAAUACCUCAGCUUCCGCAGGGUUUUUGGCGACAUACGAAACCGUUAAGGCAAUCCCUGCUAAAUACGCUUGUGGUAAAUUAGACAUUUAUGGCAUUCCAACCAAAUUAGGAGACAGUUUUGGUGAAUUUGCUAGUCACCAGUUCCCUCGUUCUUACUCCAAUGAUGUCAAAUGCUCCUGGAUUAUUCAAGUUCCAGUUGGAUUUCUCGUGAAUUUGACUUUUCAUACGUUUGAGCUUCAAGAAUCCCCAGGCUGUUCUGCAGACCACGUCGAGAUCAAACAAGGGAAAUCAGUUCGGUCAGUUACUGAGUUACUUGGAAGAUUUUGCGGUGCAUCAGUACCCAGAGUUAUUCAGUCCAACCGUUCUAUAGUCAGAGUGGACUUUGUGGCGGACAGCUCAGGAAGAUACCCAGGAUUCCAUGCAAGCUUUAAAGCAGUUUCUGAUCCCGCCAUGGGCCCAUGUAAAACUCAAGGAAUAAAUAACGUCAUCCCUCUUAACGGGAAAACUGGAAGAUUAUUUUCCCCGCUGUAUCCGGAGACAUUUCCUAACAACAUGACGUGCACGUGGAUCAUAGCAGUUACCGAGGGCCAUUUUGUCAGGUUGAGAAUAACCUCUUUUUUCCUGGCAUAUGUUUGUAAGCAGACGACUUUGGAAAUUCGAGAUGGCCAGAAAUCCUCCAGUGACUUACUUGGGAAUUUUUGCGGGAGCUCCUUUGAAAGAUCGGUAUUCUCCAGCGGUCGUCAUCUCUGGAUUCGGUUCCAUUCUGACAAAGAUGAAUUGUUGUACGGGACGGGAUUCAAUGCUUUCUUCGAGAUGGUCGGCCAAUUACCAGCUCCGUUUUCCUGCACAGCGAAGGACUUAAACAUCAAAUUGAAGUCUGAGACAGGAACUCUGGCCAGUUACAACUACCCUCUGCCGUCUGACGACUCUGUAGAAUGCAUCUGGUCUAUCAGUGUAGACACUAAUUCCAAAAUUAUAUUGUCUUUCGAGUUUUUCAAUGUGUCCCGGACCAGUGACUGUUCUGAGGAUUAUGUAGAGGUGCGAGAUGGAAUGUUCAGCACCAGCGACCUUGUUGGAAAGUACUGUGGAGCAGAGAAACCCUCGAAGAUAACCUCGGAUUCUUGGAACUUGCGUGUGGCUUUUAAAUCGAGUGGCAAGUUGAAAUAUCCUGGGUUCAAAGCCACCUACAAAAUAAAGAAGGAUCAAACCCUUAAAAUUCUUAAGAUCGUCGGGAUUUGUGUUGGAGCACUGUCUUUGCUGUGUACUAUAGUUGCCGGUUCUUGCCGUUGUUGCAAUAGGAGGCAUAACCAAUCGCAACCCGAAAACGUUUUAGCUAUGCAAGGCACAGUCAACGCUGGAACUGAUGGGGAAGGUAUCAGGAACCAAACAGGCAGUUCAUGAAAACCUGCACAGUGAUCUUUAUAACUCAAAGAGCUAUCAAGCCACCUUAAAAUAAACAACCCUAGCUUGUCUUACUGAUCUGCUCUCUCGAUUAUGAGAGUUAAAACUGUAACCUGCUCUUUGCCAAAUUUCAGAGCUACGAGGGAAAAUGUUCAUGACCUUAUCGAUGAUCAUAGUAACUACCGGCUUGCACUGAAAUUGCGCAGGUUUGACAUAUUCAGAAUCAAUCGGGGAGAACUGGGUCGAGUUAUCAGGGAGCCUCGACUUCCCAAACUAGAUCCAGUUCCCUGGCUCUCGUUCGAACCGAAACCCGAACAGAUGAAGUAAAUUCUUCAUAGCUAUAUUUCAGAAUUAACACUUUAGAGAACGUUCAAACUUGAGUUUAAUCUCAAUUGAGGUCAGUCAUUGAGGUCAAUCAUUGAA